GCUUGCUGCCGCGUGAACAACUCUAUCCAGUAGUUCCUCAGUGUUCGGUCAUGAAACCAAAGUUGUCCCAAAAGGUGCUGGUGUCGCCGCUGCAGCAGAAGGCGUCGCACCUAUGGAACAAACUCAAAAGCAUCCCAGAGCGCUUGACGCUCGAACCUGUCAUGUUUAUAGACGGCUUCUGCUACUCAGUUAUGAUAGUGGCCGUGGAAAACAUCCAGAUGGAUAAAAUUUGUCUAGUUAACCUAAAUUACACCCAAGAAGUGUGCCAAAAUUUAUCAGCGUAUCCAGAAGCAAGCUUAGAACACCAAAAAGCUUUCAGUGUUUUUGGAAUGUGGUAUGGAGUUUUAACAGCAAUUCUGCCAUUAUUUUUCGUUUUAUUUGUUGGAGCCUGGAGUGACAAAUACGGAAGGAAACCUCCAUUAAUAGCAGCUAGUACUGGUCACGCAAUGUGGGCCUUAUGUUAUUUGUUGAACGCCUAUAUUGAGUCGUGGCCUGUAGAAAUGUUAUAUCUCGCGGCCGUACUGGACACUAUGGGAGGCGGAACAGUGUCCUUCUUGACAGCCUGCAAUGCGUAUAUCAGUGACGUCACGAAAGAGAGCGAGCGAACAAGUAGAGUUGGUUUUGCUAACAGUGUUUGGUUUUUGGGAGGUCCUAUCGGCACUCUUUGUGGAACGUACCUGUACAAAUACGGCGGAUAUCUGACAGUUUUUGGGGUCUCUGCCUGCCUGCAGUUUGGCAGUCUAGCCUACAUAAUCAGUACUCCAGAGAGCAGAGGUCCAUUUUCCAAAUUUGAUCAAAAUGGCAAUAGAAUCGUUAAGGAUGAGAAACCAAACUUGUUGUCAACUACCGCUGUUCAGCCAAAAGAAAGUGAACACGGAAAAGACGGGAAAAAAGUUCGCGAUGAUGUGAAAACAAAUUGUUCUCAGUUGGUCAACAAAAAAGUGGAAUGUGAGCUAAAAGAAAAAACUUGUGGACACCAAGCAGACGAUGGAGAGAAGAUAACAGCGAAAAAGAUGUUCACUGACCUCAUAGACUACCACAGGAUAACAGACUCCUUCCAGAGCACCUUCAGGAAGCGUGAGGGCAACGCCAGGACUUUCGUCUUGCUGCUCAUCACCUGCAACCUCCUCCGGCGUCUGGGCAGAGGAGCGUACAUGUACCUCUUCACCCGCCGCGUGCUGGACUGGGGUCCAGAGGAGUACGGAAUUUGGGUGUCGUACAAGAACCUCGUCUCUGCCUUAGGCUCUCUGGUGGCUGUGCCGGUGCUGUCGAGCCGCGUGGGCCUGAGCGACAACGUACUGGCUCUUAUAGGAGCCCUCGCCGCCACCACAGACUACCUCCUCUACGGCCUGGUCACGGCAACCGCCCAAUACCUCAUCUGGAUCGCUCCGGUGGGCGGCUUGCUGGUGAACUCCUGCGUCAUCGCCAUACGUUCCAUGCUCUCCAAAUUUGUUCCGGGAGAUGAGCUGGGCAAGGUGUCAGCGGUGAUGGGGGCGCUGGAUGGAGUCAUGCCCAUGGCGAGCUUCUCCCUCUACACGCUCGUCUACAAGUCCUCAGUUCACGUCUUCCCCGGCGCUCAGUUCCUCUUCGGAUCAGGAGCUAACUUGUUGUGCACGUUGAUCUUCGUAUUCAUCAUCUACUUCACGAAGACUAAAAGUUAUAGCAUGGAAGACCUAAACGUGGAAAAUGCGAAGGAACCUGUAACUCUAAAGAGCUUCCGAGGCCUUCCUCAAAACCCCGAAGAUAAUUCAGUGCCCCAGCUUCCCCAGAUGGACGGGCACAGUCGUAUGGUAGUGGGGAUCUUGGCCGGGGAGAACUUCCACAUCGCCACCACCCACCAAAGGAUGAAGAGCCAAAUCUUACAGACGCAGCGCUCUGAGCUCCCUAAGAUGCUGACAAACGUCCAGAAAGUUAUUGAAAAUAAACUUGUACCUUUUCAUCAUCUCACUGCCCCUAAAAUGUGUGAGUGUCAAUGGUCCUCAGUCAAAGAUUCCUGCUGGCCGAAGCAGGGGCAGCAGUCUGAGUCUGCUGACUCGGCGGCGGCAGCUGCCAACCCGCACUGCUUGCCCAAAGACGGAGUAAUUAACCUUUCGUUUGAAGAUGGAUCCGGAAAGAACAAAAUUUGAUUUUUUUUUGUUUCAAACGAGUUUACUGUUAUUAAUAUUUGUUGCUCAUGCCUUUUGAUAUGCUUGCCAAAGUUAGUUUGUGAGUACCUAUGCCAUGGAAUACCUGUGUUAAAUAGAAAAAUGAUUGUGAUCAUCUAUUUCCGCACAUGUGACCAUCUCAUAAACUUUAGCAGACGACAUGACAUGACAAUUUAGCAGACGACAUAUAACACAGAUUAUAUUGCUCCGCUAUCGUAUAAUAUUGACAAAACUAAAUCUGACUUGUUAAAAAGAAAUUAUUGCAACGUUUGCCUAAUCCAUUUUCACUGAAUGUCAAAUGAUCAGCGGGCAACGGUGCGGUAUAUAGGGACUGAUGGUAUGCUCGAAGGAAGCAGGGAUCUGCCGACUAGAUGCUCACGUUAUUUCAUUAGGACAAACGUUGUUCUUGCGCACGCAGAAGCGUCACAUUAUGACAACGUGAAGUAUAGAAAGCUUGUACACAAAUAAGCAAUGUACUGAAAUCGAUUUCUUGGACAUAUUUAUUCAACUUAUGAAUGGAUAUAGUAAAUAUUAGCUGAAAAAUGGUAGAUCUCUAUAGCUGUGAACGCGUUAAUACACACGCAUCUUAAACACAUGUUCUUUGAGCUAUUAUUAGUUAGUGUACGAAGUUAUUGUUUUAAUUGUCGCAACGAUGGCGUCAGUAUGUACCCUGCCAAAAUCUAAGUAGAAAGUAAGCCAAUAUUCACUACACGAGCAAAUUUAAAUAGAAUUCUUAUUAGUUCCACUUUCGGUAGCUAAUUGCAGUAGCCUAUUACCGAACUAAGAAUAGAAUUGAUGUUAGUUUUCUAACAGAUGUACGAAGCUCUGCUUCAAAGACGUAUAAAAAAUGAGGCGUGCACAUUGGAGAUUUGGAAGUUGCACCAUGACAUUUUUAUAAAGGUUCAGUAAUUAAAUACUGAUCAUUA